AUGAUGCAAAAAGAUUUUCAGUCCAUUCUAAUAAAGAAACUAGACAUGAACAUAUUUAAUACAUUGAAGAAAAAUACUUUAAAUGUAGCAGAUACACUGCUUGCUAUAUUUUCAGGAAGUGAUCCGGCAACAAUUUCAUUUGACUCAAUGGAUGGAUCACUUAUAAAGAAUACAAAAGAGGGUGACGGCAUUAUAUAUAUAUUUUUCAAGGGGAUAGCUUAUUUUAUAAAGAAUUGUUUUCUUCUUUUCUGGAUAUCUUUCCUGAGAUGUUUAUGUUUAGAUAUUCUAACAUGCAAUGCACAAGGAUUUAUAGGUAUAUUACAAAACUGGCUUGGAGAAGAUGGAUCAUUAAUCACUGGAUUAUUGAGUUUUUUCUUUUGGAUUAUUGUAAUCUUUAUUGUAAUUACAAAUAUUAUAUUCUUUUUUAAAGGCCUGGGAAUGGUAUAUACCAGGAUAAGUAAAGGGAAGGGCUGGCCAAUUUUAGGUACUAUAAUUUUUUUCAUAACAGCAAUUAUAGCAAUACUAAUAAUGAUUUUAAUAUCAGUUAUAAUUAAAUCUAAUCUGGUUAAGAUGGCAUAUGAAUCUAAGAAUUUUUUAUGCAAUAUUAUAGGUUUAUUUCUGAUUUCUAUUUUACUCUAUAUUAUAUAUAUAGAACUGAUGAAAAGUCUGGAAAAGCCUGUAGAAUCCAUAUCUAAAACUGAAAGACGUAUACAAAUUUCUAUUAUAGCACUAUUUGCUGCAUCCAUCAUCUUCAAUGUGUUUGCUUUUAUAUUCGCUAUUGGUCAUCUAUUUCGGAAUCCUGCCGUGAUAAUUGAAUCGAAACAACGAUCAAAGUUAGACCCUGUUAACUAUUGGAAUUCGACUGCGUAAUUUAAACCAUAGUAUCAAUUUAAUUUAUACUGUUGUGUUUAUAUAAACAUUCAUAUAGAACAUGUAUUGCUAUACCAACGCCAAUUUUAGCAUACAACAUUUUCAAUAAACAGAA